AAUCAACAAAAAUAACCAGGUAAAUUAAGAAAAAUUACAUAUGAAAUUAGUCACUCACUAGUAAACUAAAAAUUAUGGAAGAAUUAAAAAAACAUAAUAAAAUAUAGAAUGGAGAAGAUAACGUAUAUAAAGAUGAGAUUCAUCCAAACAGCAUAAAGAGAAGCUUCCAUAUAUCACAGCCAUGGUGGUUGUCACUCACAUCUCCACUUCCUUCCACCAAAUCUCUCCUUCCUUCUUCCAUCUCCGUCUUCGUAAUCCCUCCACCACUUCUUCGUCUCGUCCCAAACUCGACGGUGGUUUCGCUUUGUCAAUUCGAGCUUACAUAGAGAAACCAAACUCUUUCUCCACCUUCGCUAACAAAGUCAUCGGUUCUCUUCCCGUUAUCGGACUCCUCGCUCGAAUUAUCAGCGAUGAAGGCGGCGUUGGUAGAGAUCUCGUCGAUUUCGCUGAGUUUAGGAAACGAGUUGGGAAUAAAUGUACUCCUGAUGAUUCUAGGGCUUUCUAUGAGUUCCAACAGCGACGAGGCAAGGCAGGUGAGCCUUUGUAUGUGCUUCUGUGUUGUUGGGUUGCUGCAGUAGGUGCAGGUCUUCUCAAAUCUGAAGAGAUUCUUGAAGGUGUUACUAGAGUUAGCAUUUCCAAUGAUCUCGAGUUUGAAGAACAGAACUUCAUUGCUUUGAUGACUGAAGCUAGACAGAGAAGAGCAAAGUUGAACAUUGAUGCGCCAACAAUACCGAUGGAACUAAGAGUUGAAAAGGCUCUUGAAGGUAUUUAUGCUUGUUGCUUUCGGAGAGGACUUAUUGAAGAGGAGGAUGAGAAGCUUCUUAAAGUGAUGUUAAUAGCGGUUUUCCCAUCGGUUGAGAAGUCUGAGAUAGAGAGAAUCAUCAAAGAGAAGGCGACAAGGGUUGAGGAAGGAGGAGAGGAAGAGAAUGUUAUGGCGAAACGGUUGCCUAAAGAAGCUAUUCAAAUGCAGAUGAAGGAUCUUGAAUUCCUUCAACAACAAAACAUAGAGUCUUAACAAUAGAGGUUGAGAUGCCAAAACAUGUUUACUUUUUCAGUACGGAUUAUUUUAAAAAAUGCAAUCAACUUUUUUCAGUCAUGAGCAAGUAAUUGUUACUGCAUAGGUUUCGAGAUAUGGUUGCUUCCUAUCAUAUCUUUUGAGAACUUGGAUUGAUUCAUUCAGUUUUUUAGAUGGUGUUUGCCGUAUGGUAGAUGUGUGAAUUUGCUCCAGUACAUUGGAACAACAUUUGAAACUAUAGGUAAUAGAGUUAUAAACUUAGUUUUCAAUAAGAUGUUUUUGUAAGACAUUAAAAUAAUAUAGUCCAUCUAAAAAAAAAGGAUGAGUUUGCUAAUAUGAAUAUGUAAAAACUUCAAAUAAAGAAAGCUUCUAAGCAUUCAAACAUUAGAAAAGGUAUUAUUAUAUUCAAUCAAUU